AAGCUGUUCUCUGGAGAAAGAAUGACGGACUUCAAGAUUGAUCUGCUUAAUAAGUAUACCCGUAUUAGGGAUGUACACUUAUCGGCCUAUCUGUCUAAACACAAAAGUUUACUAAAGUGGAAACCAGAAGCAAAAAUUGCAGAUAUUGGUUGUGGAACUGGUGAUUUAUCGUACAAGUUUAUCUAUCCUCAACUCCCGAAGGAUUUCUCUCAAUUCGUCUGCAUGGACAUCAGCCGAGAUAUGCUUCAGCAGGCAAAGAUGCGCUUCGCAGGAAAGCCAAAAGUUUCUUUUGAGCAUUUAGAUCUUACUGCAAAAGUUGAGGAGAAGAACAAAGAGAGGUUUGACUACGUUUUCUCCGCUUACCUCCUGAUGUGGAUUGCUGAUCAAAGGAAGGCUUUUGAGAAUAUCUACCAACUCCUAACUCCUGGAGGAGGAUGCUUCCACGUUCUUGUCAAUAAACAUCCCUUUAUGUCGACUAUUUUUCAACUAGUAGAAAAGUCACGAUGGAAGAAAUACGUACCAGUUCGUAGUGAGAUGUACCCCUUCCACUAUGCUACAGAUGUGGAUCCUGUUGGAACUAUUAAGGAUAUGAUGGAGGCUAUCGGGUAUGUUAACGUGAAAGUUUUCAUCGAGGACAGUGACUUCACAUUUCACAGCCAAGAAGAAUUUUUAGGAUUCUUCAGGGCUCUUCCUAAUCCUCUGAAGCUCAUGUCGAUGGAAGAACAAAAUGAUUAUCUUACUGAUGCAGUUGAACUAGCUUUUGAAAAUAAGAUUAUCCGUAAAAAUACUGAGAAGGAAGUGAAUGGAUCCUUGCUUGUAGUCUAUGGGGAGAAGAGUGAUCAAUAAAAAGA